GCAAGCCCUGUGCAUUCCUCUUUAAACACCUCUCCCUCUUCUUUUCUCUCUCUCAAAACACUUUUUAUAACGGUGCCCUCUCUCUCUCUCUCUUCGCAGUGUCGACAACAUUUGAAGAUCAGAUUCUUGAAACCCUCCUUCUCUCUCCAAAUUUCUCUCUCUAGAAAUGUUGGCAUCUAUACGGUGUAAGAUCAACAGAUAAACGAGAGAUUCUGACACUUUGAUCUGCAAAACCAUCUUCAGAUCUCUCUUUCUACUAGAAUUUCGAACGUAAAUGGGGGCGUACAGAGCUGACGACGAUUACGAUUACUUGUUCAAAGUGGUUCUCAUCGGCGACUCAGGCGUCGGCAAAUCCAACCUUCUCUCCAGAUUCACCAGGAACGAGUUCAGCCUCGAGUCCAAAUCCACAAUCGGCGUCGAAUUCGCCACUCGCAGCAUUCAUGUCGACGACAAAGUCAUCAAGGCUCAGAUUUGGGACACCGCUGGCCAAGAAAGAUAUCGUGCAAUUACGAGUGCAUACUAUCGAGGAGCUGUUGGUGCAUUGCUUGUUUAUGACGUCACCCGGCAAAUCACGUUUGAGAACGUAGAGAGAUGGUUAAAGGAACUUCGCGAUCACACAGACCAAAACAUCGUGAUCAUGCUUGUGGGGAACAAGGCGGAUUUGCGUCAUUUGCGUGCUGUUUCCACUGAGGAUGCGAAGGGAUUUGCCGAAAGGGAGAGAACCUUCUUUAUGGAGACCUCUGCUCUAGAGUCCAUGAAUGUGGAAAAUGCUUUCACAGAAGUGCUCUCUCAGAUAUAUCGCGUCGUCAGCAAAAAGGCACUUGAAAUCGGGGAUGAUCCGACAGCUUUGCCCAAGGGGCAGACCAUUAAUAUGGGCGGCAAAGACGAUGUAUCAGCCGUGAAAAAAGUUGGAUGCUGCUCAUCAUAGUCUAAAGAAACGAAGAUAUUCCAGUGGCAAAAACCAAUUAUAAGGAAUGCGAAGAGUUAAAGAUUUCAGUGAUUUUAUUUGCAUUCUUCUUCUUCCAUCUCGUCUCUGUAAUUUUUCCCUUUCCUCGGUGUAUUAUUAGAGGUUUUUUUGGUCACUCUUUAGGUUAGUCUAUAUAUGAUUGCUCAGGAUUUGAUCUGGAAUGUUUUUUUUUUUUUUUUAUUUCCUUAUUUUUGCAUCGAAAUGGUUGAUUAAUUUUUGCAUAAUGGUAGUGGAAUGUUAGGUUGAUUACAUUUUGACGACCUAAAGUUUAUCAACAAGCUCAAGUUACACA